AUGAAUAUGAAACAUUCAUUGAUUCAAUUAAUCGAUUUGCCCGACGAAAUACUUAUAUUAAUUUUUAAGACAUUGAAUAAUGUUGAUCUACUCUAUUCUUUAAUGGGCAUUAAUGUAAAACUUACUCAAUUUAUACGUGAUCCAAUCUUUACUAAUCGUUUGACAUUAUUCAGAUAUUCAUCAAAUGAUCUUAUUUAUCCACUAGAUAAUACAAUACUUGAUCGGUUUUGUUUACAAAUCUUACCUGAAAUUCAUCAUAAAAUCAAAUGGCUUAACGUUGAACCAUUAUCUAUGGAACGUAUUCUACUUAUUACUAAUUAUUCUAAUUUACAUGGACUUGGUUUGUACAAUAUUGAAGACGAAACAUUUAGACGUUUAUUUGCUGGUAAGAAAUACGAUGAUUCUUCCAUCCAUCAAAAUUUAGAAGAAAAACUUCCUAGUUUAACAUCGUUUUCUCUAACAUGUGAUACCGACAUGUCCUUUUAUUGGGAAUUAAUUGUGCCACUUAUACAUCGAAUGUUAAAUCUCGAAGAACUCACUUUAUAUAUUGAGCUUAGCAGUUUUAAAAUAUUUAUUGAUGGAAAUAAUUUAAAGGAAAAUAUUAUUUAUCAUUUAUCACGAUUAAAUAAAUUUGUAUUUAAUAUUCUAUCAAUUAUGCACCUUUACAUGAAACCUUAUUUACCAACAAAUGAAGAAAUUGAGCUUACUUUCCUCAUGUGA